UUUCUGAGACAAAGAAACCUAAAUUAUUCUUUUCUCUAGCUCCUCUCUCUCUCUCACUAAAACAAACUCUCACUGCCGUCAUAUUCUUCCGCAACAUUAUAUUUAGCCGUAGCCAAGCACUACUCAUACGGCAAACACUCUCACUUCCAUUUCUCUAUCUCCUUAGCUAAACCCUCCAUCUAGGGUUUCAUUUUAUUCUUCAAGCAAGCGAUGGUUGAUUCUAUACUUUCCUUAAACCCUUCCAAUACCCUCCACACUAAAAUUCCACUCAACAAUCUCAUUUCGCAAUCGGUUUCUAGCUCCAAUUAUAGAAUCACUUUCAAACCAAUCAAAUUCCGAAUCCCUGCGAUUCGUGCUUCGUCGAUGCCAAAAGAUAGCGUACAGCAACCUUCUUUUCCAGACACUCUCCUCAACAACACACGCAAACACCAAGUUCUUGAAUCCAUUACGACUUCCCUCUCUAAUUGCCUCUCUGAAACUAACCUACAUUUGACAGUUCCUGCUCUCAAAUCGAAAACUCGUGGCAAAGUUCGAGAUAUUUAUGAUAGCGGGGAUUAUCUUGUUUUAGUGACUACUGAUCGUCAGAGUGCAUUUGAUAGGGUUCUUGCUUCCAUUCCUUUUAAAGGCCAGGUUCUUAAUGAAACAAGUCUGUGGUGGUUUGAGAGGACUAGACACAUAGUUUCUAAUGCAGUUGUGUCAGCUCCAGAUAAAAAUGUUACAAUAGCAAAGAAAUGUUCAGUUUUCCCUGUUGAGUUUGUUGCUAGAGGUUUUGUCACUGGAAGUACGGAUACAUCUUUAUGGACAGUCUACGAUAAAGGCAUUCGUAACUACUGUGGAAAUGUCCUACCAGAUGGAAUGGUUAAGAAUCAAAAGUUGCCUAAGAAUAUACUCACUCCAACUACCAAGGCCGCAGACCAUGAUGUUCCAGUCACUCCAGAUGAGAUUAUAGAAAAGGGACUGAUGACUCGAGCUGAUUAUGAAGAGGCGAGUGAAAAAGCGUUAAGCUUGUUUGAAUAUGGACAGCAAGUGGCCUUGGAACAUGGCCUUAUAUUGGUAGAUACUAAGUAUGAAUUUGGGAAGGCAAAUGAUGGAUCAAUUCUAUUGAUUGAUGAGGUCCAUACUCCUGAUUCAAGUAGAUAUUGGAUUGCCAAUUCUUACUUGGAGCGCAUUCAAAAUGGUCUUGAGCCUGAAAAUGUUGAUAAGGAGUUCUUGAGGCUGUGGUUUAAAAGUCACUGCAACCCUUAUGAAGACGAGGUCCUUCCUGAUGCUCCUAAAGAUCUUGUUAGUGAAUUGGCUUGGCGAUACAUUUUCUUGUACGAGACCAUAACAAAAUCAAAGUUUGAGGUGCAAUCGACCAAGGAGCCAAUACACGACCGAAUAUCACGAAAUGUUGCUUCUGCACUAUCAUCCUUAAAGUAGCCCUGGAGUUUUAAAACCCCAUUUUAGCUCUGUAUUUUUAAGGAUCCCAUACUAAAAUAUAUAUUAAAUUUUUUAAAAAUUAACAGGCAAAACUUGUGAAGAUAGAUAUUUAUUUAUCUAAUCUAAAACAUAUAACCUGAAAAGGAAGCUCAGCCAAAAUAAAGUAUAAAAGAGUUAUUUUUUGAAAGCAGAACUUACUGCGUCCAUUGCCUUGUAUUUUUGCUUGUUACACGCGAACAGUUAAUUUUUUCGGUUUGUAAUUUGUAUGAGACUUUUACUAUUGUUACUAAAUAUUGUGAUCUUCGUUUACGUCUUUUCA